AUGGUGGCGACAAGAGCCCAAGCACGAUCACGGGCUUGUACCAGCAAUGGACCUCAGACUGUAGCAGCACAAGGUCAAGCGAGAAGCAAAGCACCGCCGAAGAAUUCGCGAAAAAGUAAAACACCAGCUAAGAGUCAUCCCAAACAUGGGGCCGCGCAAAAGACUCCACCGAAACGCAAAGCAAAAAGGGAAACAAGAUCGAAAACCAAAGCCUCAGGGGAUAGCCGAACGAAAGGCAAGCCAGCGUCAAAAGCAAAGGGCUGUGAAAAAGAACACUCGGCUCAUUCGGGCGAUGCCGAGGACGCUCAAGGGUCGGCAGUAGAUCCUCCUGCGCGAGGAAUGGGGAUUGAUCCAAUUCCCAGUCCGACCACGUCGGAUGGACUCGAAUUCCACCCGCCUUUGAGGGCGCCAAGGGAGGCCAUAGUGGCGGCGAGAUCAAUAAUACGCUCAGAUGUUGGGAAUGGGUUCAAGAAUCCAGGCCGCCUUUGCUAUCGCAAUGCCACCAUAGUCAUGUUACUGCACAGCAACAGAUUGAUGUCCUGGAUUGAAAAUCGGCACAUUCCCAACCUGACGGGAGCAGGGUUGAGAGUCAAAACUUACAGCAAACCUCAGAUCGACGCAUUGAUUGGCCUAAAACGCGGGGAUAACCAGAUUGACGACGACACUGAGACAUCGUUUCUCACCGAUUACACCGACGUGUGGUGUGAAUUGUUCGAGCUGAGCAGAGUCUAUUGGGAUGAAAGUCACAAUAAGCGGAAGACCGUUAACGCUGCUAUAGAAAUCUUUUGGGACUACGUUACAGAUCCCCAGCGCGAUCAAGAGAGAAUCCCUCUUGCAGGCGACAUGCUCAGGACGAAAAUGAAGGAAGCCAGAGAAGACCAAUGUGCUUCCGAGUUCCUGGGUUGGUUGAUCACACUCAGUGUUGACCAGCUCCGAUCCUUCAUCCAGGAGCGGGUGGGCCGAUACGCACACAGAAUGGAAGAGGCUACCUUGACCAAAGUUGCGAACCUGCAUGACCUAGAUAUAUAUGAGCUGUUACGAGUCACGCAAACGCAGCGUGUCCGGUGCAUGCAAUGCGGCUCCCGGCGCAACGUCAAAACCCGUUUCUCGUCCCUCGUUAUAGAUAAUAUAUUGUCGCUUCCGUUGGCAGCUACACCCAUUAGCGAUGUGCCGGUGAGGUUGGAAGACUGCCUUGCGAAGAAUUCAAGAAAUGAUAUUGAAUGGCUCUGCAGUGAUUGCCGACGGCAAGGAUUAGGGCCCGACUCAGAAAAUCAACAUGGCGCAAAGAGGAAUCACUGGAAGAAGAUCUACUCCGCGCCCGAGGUUCUAUUUGUGCAGCUCGCACGCUUCAAGCUGAUGAAGGACAGAAGAGGCAAUGUGAUGUACGGAAAGGACGCCACACAGGUAGACAUUCCGGAGGAGCUAGACCUGACCCCUUUUCUGGAGAGGCGAGGCGAACCGGCCACUACGUCGGCCAUUUACCGGCUCGAGGCCAUCGUGAACCACCAAGGUGACAAAGACCGAGGCCAUUACGUCUGUUACAUUCGCCGAGGAGAAAUUUGGUAUGUCUUCAACGAUGCGCUAAGGGUGAAGAAGAUCUCUUUCACAGACAUUCUCAACCACAAAGGUGGCUUCACCCCCUAUAUGCUUCUGUAUGAGAGGACCGUCCAAAAUCAGGAAGAUUGCCUUGAUGGUGACCAUGUGGAGGCUCGGAGCGGUGGUAUUACUGGGGGUGAUGCGGGGGGUGACUCCGAUGCCAGAAAUACUGAGGACGAAAGGGACAGGAGCAACAAAGACGGUAGGGGUGGCGGCUACCAGAGCAGAGACGGCCAAUCUCCUGUGAACAGUGGUGCACAAGAUGGCCCUCAAUCCUCAUCUGCCCAACUCAAGGUUGCCACAGAAAAAGGCCCACGCCCAGGACAAUUGUUCAUCGAUAUUAAGGCGGGUGUCGGUCGGUACGAAUUCAAACUCCCAACAGUCGUACUGGAAAACUACGCACGCUCAACCAACGACAAUCACGCCGUCGUUGACAUGUGGGUUAGGGACUCAGAGGGUCAAACUUGGGAGGUUGAGGGAUCUGCUGCGUUCUCGACCAGACAGGCCAGAGAGAGAGCAGAUUGCACCUCUUUUAUCAAGUUAAAGCCAACUCUUGGGCCUGGGUUAACCCUUUCUUCAACGCCAACGAGAUGGGUUGAAUGCGACGACCAGCAGCAUUUCAACAGGGCUCCAAGUGCCGAUACUGAACUUGAUCCUGAGCUUCUUCCAGAGGUACCGAAACACAGUCCCAAUCAACGCCUGCCUCAGACCCAUUUCCUGAAAUCCGAUCCUGGCACCCCUCUGGUUUCUCAACGAUCUCCCAGUGGUGAAGGGCCUCCGUUCUUCUACCAGACCCCAUCCGUCCAGGCCAAGCUGCGCGAGAUUUUCAACGACAUGGAGCUCUUCUAUCAAGAGAAAAUCAAGCGGGAUCUCCAUUCCACGAUCGUCUCCCCGUACGAAGAAGAAAUUGCAACUAUGAGGGACCUGCUUGGUUGGUACCAAGAGCUCUUAUUGCAGGCAGAUGACCCGGAUGGGAUACGGGACUAUUGGCAGAGGAAAGAGGCAGAAUUGCUAGACGAGCACCAAAAGCAGAGGCGGCAGAUUGCGGAACUACAAGAGCAGAUCCGGCUGCUUCAAGGACAGAACAGGGUGCAAUAUAAUAACCCCGGGGGAGAGGUAACAAACCCUGCAGUGAAAGAUUUAAAUAUUAAGGGACGUGCAGGUAUGGAGAAUGUGGGAGCGGGACAAAAGAGAACCUUGGAUCAAGUCGAUGAGGACGUUCAAGAGGUCGGCAAUGAGGGCUGGACGCAGGCUAGCGCCUUUAAGCGUGCCAGAACCACCAGCGGCAUAAAAGUGGAAGCGGGAGCUGACCAGCAAUUGCCCGACAAUACUGGGUACGACUCACGUCACGAAACCGAGCUACACUAUGAUUCUUCGGGACAGAGACUCUACUCCUCCACUCCUGAGGACGAAUGCGAGGAUUGGUAUGGGUUUGGAGAGGAGGAUGGCGACAAGGACGGUGACGAUGACGGGGACGAUAACGGCGAGGAUUUUGUCCAAAAGCAGCACGACGAGGAAGAAAGUCCUCUCCCAGACUACGAGGAUAUGGUCCACCCCGACGAUGACGAGGGGUAUGAUGGCUCAAACGAAACCUCGCCGCGCCAGACCGCCUCUUGGUGGUACACCAACUACGCGGCACGCUUCGCGGCCGGGCACUUGCCUUCGACACCGAAGCGUGCGAUGCAACAGACUCGGCUGCCGAGGACAACGUCGAAGCCCAGUCCCCUCCAAAUCAGGCACAGCCCAGGCCAGGGCUGGGCCGGAGGUCGUCUAAGGUCGAGCCCUCAGUACUACCAGACGUCACCGGCGGGCAACAACAAUAACCACAACAACGUUGAACCUUCCUGGCACGUCCGGUUUGAUGAGGACGGUCAACCUCACUAUUUUUUCUUGUGA